AGCGCGCUUUCCGUGUCUGGUUAGUGGACUGACAGCCAGCUGUGCGGCUACAACGACAACAACAACCUCCUGGAUCUUUUUUGCUUACAUACAAACAGAUUAGUGUGGCGUUUUUUUUUUUUUUUUUUUCUAAAAAACCACUGAUCACACAUCAGUAGACUAUAUAGCUAGUUGUUUUCCUCUCUCUCUCUCUCUCUCUCUUCUCUCUCCCCCCUGUGAAGAGAGGAGACUCGACGGCGCGCAGCUACAACAACCAGCAAAUCCAUCGGCGGUUUCCGUGCUAGCUUAGCUCAGAAGAGGCAUUCCUUACCAACAUGAAUCCGUUGUGUAGCAGAUGUAAUUUAGUCGUUUACCCCACGGAAAAAGUCAAUUGUCUGGACAAGUACUGGCAUAAAGGAUGCUUCAGCUGCGAGGUCUGCAAAAUGACUCUAAACAUGAAGAAUUACAAAGGCUUUGAGAAGAGACCAUACUGCAAUGCACACUACCCCAAGACAAACUUCACCUGUGUGGCUGACACUCCAGAGAACCUCCGCCUCAAACAGCAGAGCCAGAUGCAGAGCCAGGUUCGCUACAGGGAGGAUUUUGAGAAGAAUAAAGGGAAAGGUUUCAGCGUGGUCGCAGACACGCCGGAGUUGCAGAGAAUUAAGAAAACGCAGGAAAAUAUCAGCAAUAUUAGGUACCAUGAGGAGUUUGAGAAGAGGAAGGGAGGAGAAGCCCCACAUCAUCCGCCGAACAAUCCCAGCCCAGGUUUCCAGCCGCCUGCAGCCUCUCAGAACUUCCACUAUGAGCCCACUCCUGAACCAGUGCGCCCGGCGGCGGCCGCCCCCCCACCAAGUGCUGGGAAGCGGUACAGGGCAGUGUAUGACUACGCUGCCGCCGAUGAGGACGAGGUGUCCUUCAUGGAUGGGGAUGUGAUCGUAGACGUGCAGCAGAUCGACGAGGGCUGGAUGUACGGCCGCGUGGAGCGCACCGGCCAGCAGGGCAUGCUGCCCGCCAACUAUGUGGAGGCCAUCUGAGUGAGAGGGAAAGAAAAAGAGGGAGAGAGAAAGGAGGAGGAGGUAGAGAAAGGGAGGGGAAGAAGGAAAGGAAAAGCCCAGUGCCAUCUCAUCUUAACGCCGCUUUCUCUUGAUUUUACUCUUGUUCCCUAACCUGUCCUGUGAGACUCUGAACCCCCCAAAUCCCCAACCCCCCACCCCCCUUCUGCAUCCCUGCUCUGCUCUCAUUUUUCAGCUCCACCACAGACACCCUCUGCCUAUCUGUCCGUCUGUCUGUCUGUCUGCCUGCCUCUCUUGUCAGUCUGUCCGUGUCGGUGUCUCUCUGUCUCUGGAUGUUCGUCAUCCCCUUUACCUGCCCCCAAAUCCUGGCUCCACUCUCGUGCCAUCACAAGUCUUAAAAGAUGAAAACUCACAGUUCGUCGCAGUAUGUCAGGGGUCACAUCACACAGCUCCAUCCUAGCUAUAGCACUUACCAAACCUGACACAACAUCGUGCAAAAAACAAAGAAGAUAAAAAAAACGUGGAGAAAAAAUAGAGUUCCCUUGUCCCCCCCCCCCCGCACGCCCCACGAGUCAGUCGACACAGCUGCAGAUGUUAUUCUGUGGAUAAAAUAAGUUUGAAGUGUUGGUGGGUGUGUGGCAUUUUCAUAACCCUGCUUCUCCUUUUUUUUUUUUUUCCUCUUCUCCUUUCUUUUAAUUUUUGCCGUGUGAUCUUUUCAGACUGGAAACACAGUGUAGAAUCUCAGUCUAUCAGAACUAAGCUUGAAUAUUUUUGACUUGUGUACAUUCCUUUAACCUCUAAACCCUGUUGCUGUUGCACCAAUUAGCCAGUCAUCAGUCUCAACGGAGAGGUUUUUAAAUUGCAUUUACAGAUCGACACACGAUCUCGCCGCUGUCCGCUCGUGAAGGCAACCCCUCGCGCUCAGCACUGCAUUGUGGGUUAUGCGUUGUGAAACUGGAAUCGUAGCCUAACUGAAGAGCACCUCCUGUCGUUGCCUUUGUCGGGCGUGUCGGAUACAGGAGGGAUCAGGGACAAGUUAGGGGACAUUAUCAGUCCAUCUCUUGCAGCCGCACUGAAUACAUCACCUCAGUUGGUGUGGAUGCGCAGUCUAUACACUCUUAUUCCUGUGUUCUUUGCAGCCUGAAUGCCUUCAGUCCUGAGAGAAUCACAAAAAAGUCAUGGUGAUCAACUGUUUGGAGAAUGGAGAUGGGAAUAGGUCAAGUCCUUUCCCCCCAGAUAAAAAAGAGGGCCAAGCACAACUCUACAUUGUGAAUCAUCUCUUUUAUUUUAAAUUUAUUCCACUGUUUUUGUGAACAUUCCAGUCUUUUCUUUUCUUUUUCUUUUUAUUUUUUCCAUUUAAUGUGAGAGAAGUAUCCUUGGCUGUGGUAAAUGUUGUGGUCGUUUUUUUUCUCAUGCUGUUCUUCUUUUGCCUUUCUUGUUAUUGUAAGAUGCUUGUUUUCAACAAAAAAAAAAAGACAAAAGUAAAGUGUAUUAAAUCAAUAAACCAGCAACUCAAUUUAUGAACCAAGGCAGAGGAGUUUAUGUGGAACUUGUGCAGUCGCAGUAUUAGAUCAGCUGUGGGAUUAAUCUGAAAAAACCUGCAGUUUCAGGUCAGAACAGUGCUGGCCUGUUUCUGAUCUCUGGGUCUCUGUUGUGUUGUUUAAUAUUCUGGAGCUUCUGAUAAAAGUAAUGUGACAGAAUGGCAAAAUUAAAAUACACAUGAAAUAAAAAGAAGGUUAAUGCUCUGGUCGUUCAUAAAGGCUGCUCUGUCCACCUCUAUGUCACGACCGAGCACUGAUGCUGAGGCAGGUCGUUGGUGGGUCACUAAGAUGUAAAGAAAAGGUUGGUUCAUAAACAGGAAAUAAAAAAUGAAGCAUUUAAGUUGCUGGCUAUUACACAGAAACGCUGUAUCAUUCCUUCACUCAAGAUACUGUAUUUCUGUGAGGCCUUUUUAUUACGUUUGAUAUUCGACCAUUUCUCAGUGGUGUAAAUAAUCUCAUUGGCCCCUGACCGUGCACCCCACCCCCCUUUUUUUCUUGCUGUUUCAUUCUCCUGUGAUGCACUGUGACUGUCACAGACAUGAGCGAUCAGGGCGGUGUGUGUUUUUAGCUCGGGUGGGAUGGUGGGGCGGAAAAUGUUCAGCUUUAUUAAAAAGAAACAAGGCUCUCACUAUGUAGCUAGAUGACAUUGUACAAUUGUAUAUGUAUCAUAAAAGGUAAGUUAGGGAAAAUGUUUUUACAGGUCAUGGUGCUCUGGGAAGUGGCUUGCCUGCAGAUUUAAAAAGUGGUUCAUAUUUUUGUGGCUGAGGGGAAGUUAGUGGGGGAUUUUAAAAAGUUGACUCGUGGAAGAAAAUCCAGUUUGGUGCAAGUCGGUGAACAUUCGUAACAUUUCGCAAACUCUAAUGUGAGCAAUGAGAGUGGUCACUGAAUCCGAAUUAUAAAGAUAAAACCACCUCGAACCGGUUUAUAGGUUGCCAAACAAAAUGAAUGAACAUGUGUAUGCCUGUAUUUUGCAUUAACCUUCUACCUGACAACAGGACAAGUUUAUUUGCAGAACAGAUGCUGGAUCGGAAAAAGCUGUUUUAGAGCUCACGGUUGCGUUUCUCUCGGGCAAACUGAAGAGUUGAUGGGGUUUUUUUUUUUUUGGGUUGAAGUGAUUGUUGUUCCUGGCGUGCUGAUGAUGUUAGCUCAGAUUUAAUUUAAUAACAAAAAGCUACUCGCUCUGGUAGCCUCAGUUACUCUGCAGAUUACACCCAAUCCGAACUUUCUUCAUCUUAAAGGGUUUUUUUGGGGGGUGGAAAAAGUGGCCAAAAGUGUUGUGUAAGUGUGGCUCGGGAUGGAUUUGUUAAGGGCAAAGUCAAAUUUGAGCGUGUGAUGAUGUAAGUGUGCGAGGCCGGGGGGUUGGGGGUGUUGGGGGGUUGUAGGCGUGGGGUAGGAGGGCAACAGAGGGCAGUGAUCUGAUGCUCUCUAUCUCCCAGACUGUGAGGCAGGGCAAGUUGUUUGUCUGACCUGGAUAUUUGUCAGGAGUUAACCUCUUUUGCGCCAAAUGCCCGCUCUUCUGCUCUUCUGGCAUCACUCAUCUACUGAACCGUAACCUCAUAUCAUAACCCCCCCCCCCUCGUUUCCAUUCAGUUUCUGUCUCGUAUCCUGUCCGCCAGUCUGCUGAGAUCCCCUCUUUUCCUUCAGCCUUCAUCAUCAUCGUUAGGCUCCUGCGCUUCUGAUGAAUCAUUCCCUGCUUCUAUGAUACUGGUUAUAUACUGUAGACUUUGCAGAGUGAAAUCAUGUAAUCCACAAUCGGGUUUAGCAUUCAGACCGGUUUUGUGCAUUCCAUCUUUAAAAAAUUUGUUUUUGUUUUUGAUAUAAUUUUGUUAUUUUUUAAAUAAAAAAAUAAUAAAGAUACCAUAUGCAUAUUGACAUACACGUGUAUUCAAAGCUCAUUCUGAAUACAUACUCAGAAUUAAGGACCUGAUAUCAUCUCCUGUUGCCCUGUUACAGCACUUCAAAUUGUACUUAUGAUUCUGCAGAUUCAAUAAAAUGUCAUUUUUUCUCAGA